GUGCUGUACAUGCACAUCGCGAACGUGGAAAAGCUGCCCCUAAGCACCACUGGUUCGCCGUUGCUGAUACGCUGCAAGACGUUCCUCUCGAUCACGUUCGUCAUACCGAAGGAGCGCGAAUGUCAUGACGUGUACACUACGCUGACGAAGCUGUACCAACCGGUACACAUCAAGAACCUGUACUGUUUCCAGUACACGACAGCCGCGAAGGAGUUGCCCAAGGCGGCCGGUUGGGACUACUUCAAGCUGGAGCACGAGUUCAAGCGAAUGCGUGUCCCGAACGAGCAAUGGAGUGCCUGUGCGCUCAAUCAAAGCUACGAACUGUGUGACACGUACCCGCGGCAGAUUUACGUGCCGGCCGAUGCCAACACGCAAAUCCUGCUCGGCAGCUCGCGGUUCCGCUCGAAGGGCCGCUUACCGGCGCUUACCUAUUUGCAUUCCAACAAGGCGUCGAUUUGCCGCUGCAGCCAACCGUUGUCCGGCUUCAGUGCCCGCUGUCUCGAGGACGAACAGAUGCUGGAAACGGUGCGCAAGACCAACCCCAACUGCAACUUUAUGUACGUCGUGGACACGCGGCCAAGGAUUAACGCCAUGGCAAACCGAGCCGCUGGUAAGGGCUACGAGAACGAAGCCAACUACGAAAACAUCAAGUUCCAGUUUCUCGGUAUCGAAAACAUCCACACGAUGCGCACCAGCCUGCAGAAGCUGAUGGAGUGUUGCGAACAAAAGUCGCCUACCAUGAGUGGAUUCUUAAGUGCCCUGGAGUCUUCCGGCUGGUUGAAGCACAUCCGAUCGAUACUGGAUACGUCCUGUUUCAUCGCAAAUGCAGUUGAUAAGGGCAUUUCGGUUGUUGUGCAUUGCUCGGACGGUUGGGAUCGUACGGCACAAGUAUGCUCCUUGGCUGCCCUCAUGUUGGAUCCCUACUACAGGACUAUCAAAGGAUUUCAGGCAUUGAUCGAAAAGGAUUGGCUGGCGUUUGGGCAUAAGUUCAGCGAUCGCUGUGGACACAUUCAGAACGACCCGAAGGAAGUGUCGCCCGUAUUCACCCAACUGCUCGAGUGCACCUGGCAGCUAAUGCAGCAACGGAACGAUGCGUUUGAGUUUAACGAGCGGUUUCUGCUGAUCCUGCACGAUCACGUCAUGUCGUGCCAGUACGGUACCUUUGUUGGUAACUGCGAAAAAGAUCGUCUGGAUCUGCGACUAGCGGAGAAAACGUUUUCACUGUGGGGCUACAUGUCGAACCAUCUAAAUGAGUAUAUCAACCCCCUGUACCGGCCAGAGAUGGACGAGACAAUCAAACCGAAUCUUUCACCGCAAAACAUCAAGUUCUGGCGCGGCAUGUACAGCCGGUUCGAGAGCGGCAUUCACCCACGGGAACCGUUGGAAGACUUGCUGAUUGCCAGCAAGGACCACUGCACCUCGCUGGAGGAUCACGUGCAGCAUCUGACAAAGCGCAUCAACAGCUUCAAGAACAUGCUCUCCAAGUCGGCCAAACGUUUGCAGGGAGGUAGUGCGGCACUACAGUCUCGCUACAACACGGACACGCGCGGACCUAUCGAGGUGAACGAUAACCGGUACAAUUACGAUCGGAAAUUGAGCGAGCUGUCGGCGGCAGAUGACGACCACCCGCUGAAAACGAGCGAUUUUUCCUUCUCUAACCUAUCGAUCUCAGAGUACAACAACGAAGUGGACAAAGUGAACGACGACAUCAACACGGUUGCCGUCGAGUGGAAAUCGCUUCGAUCGGUCGUAAACUGCCCAUCCUGCUCGAUACCGUUUGAUCAAAUCACGAAAAAGAACCACUGCUGGAAGUGUGGUGAAGUAUUCUGCGGCCGGUGCAUCGACAAGACAUUAUCAUUGCCCGGUCACGACAGCGGCAACCCGGUGCCGGUUUGCAGGCAGUGUUUCCGGGUCGUGCAGCAGGUCAGCCCGUAAGGCAAAUGGUUGACGCUCUACGCUACGCAACAACACAUUCCCUAACACUAGAUGUGUAUAGAUUUUAAGUAAUUCCCACGUGCUGCAGUGCCGCAUGCGACCGAUGGUAUUGUGAUGUAUAAACUAAAAAUCGAACGGACUGCUCUGAGGCUACCAAGCAUGUGGGGUAGGAACCGAGCGUGGCAAAGGAUUUCAAAUUGUAUGAACAGUGAGGGAUCAGUGCAACAUUUGAGCCGUUAUAGACCAAAGCAACGUCGGAACGAUGAUAAUACCGUGAAGUGAAAGUGUGGAUGCUCCCAAGUGCUCACAUGGGUGAAAAAUCGGUUAAAAAAGGACAAAAUAUUAGAUGUUAUUUAAAAGUAGUCGUUUAAAAUAGCUACGGUAACGCUAGCAUACCCUAACCUGCAAACGCGCUCACCGAUAAGAGAUAAUGUGACAUACACUGUUAAAACUAUUUCAACUACGCUGAAAGGAUUGUGUAAAGAAAAGCUAUCAAAUAAUGUUUCAUAAUGAAAACCCCUGUUGAUCUUACAAAUGAACGCGAGCUUUUGCUUGGCUUUAGACUCUUGCCGGUAGGGCUGAAAGGGAGGCUUUAUCGAUGGCUGUAAUGGAAGAGGGAAGAGACUCGUACUGCUAGCGACAUAUACGCACAUGGUGUGGUAAAUGAACCCAGCGUUUGCCAGGGUACGAUAUAAUGUUUAUGCAUCUUAAGCCGAUUUACGUGGCCACACGCGAGAUCGAUGAAUGUAUUUUUCGUCAUCAUUUUACGCUUAAUUAUCUGUUGGUUGGUACAUGCCUUCCGUUUCACAGUAUUCGCAUUGGUCAUGGGGAUUACUUUAGGAUGGGUAACCAAAAGUCACAUAGCUUACUAGCAACCGGAGAACCGUUGGAGAGCCCGGCACUAUAUGUAAACUGUAUGUAUGAGAAAAAAAAAAUACAAACAAACAAAAAAGACCUAUUGCUCUCAAGUAAAAUAAACAUAUUUAAUACAGAGUAUA